AUGGGGUUGCAUGUUUUUGUUCAUAAUCCUUAUCGUGAUCCAGUUUCUCAUCCAUCAUCUCGCCUGUUAUCUUCUAUUGAAUCAGAUAUUACCUUUCUAAAUAUUGGGCAGCAUAUUUCAGCCCUUAGUGCAGGUUGCUUAGAUAUCCCUUUAGCAAAAGAUGUUUUAUUAGUUGGUUCGCAAACUAAUAUUCUUGCGUAUGAUAUAGAUAAUAACAAAGAGCUAUUUCAUAAUGAAGUUUCAGAUGGUGCAAAUGCUCUUCUUGUUGGUAGUCACUUACGUAAUAAGGAACCACUGGUUUAUGUUGGAGGAAAUUGCUCUAUUACAGGCUUUGAUAAGGAUGGCUGUGACAGAUUUUGGACUGUAACUGGAGAUAAUGUGCAUUCACUUUCAAUUUUAGAUUUUAACCUUGAUGGACAUCCUGAAUUGUUAAUCGGGUCUGAGGAUUUUGACAUUCGUGUGUAUAAAGAUGAUGAACUAUUAUGUGAGAUAUCCGAGGCUGAUACAGUGUUGUCACUUUGUUCAUUAGGACACAACAAAUUCGGUUUUGCUUUAGCAAAUGGAAUUGUCGGCGCAUUUAGUGGAGAAAAUAAGUUGUGGAGAAGUAAAUCAAAGCACUUUCCUUUGAUGGUUACUAACUAUGAUAUGAAUGGCGAUGGUGUGGAUGAACUAGUAACAGGUUGGGCAAGUGGUAAAGUUGAUAUUAGAAGCCUUGAUACUGGUCAAAUUCUUUAUAAGGAUGUCUUUUCAUCUCCAGUAGCUGGAAUUACAAAAGCUGAUUAUCGUCAAGAUGGUAAAGAUGAACUAAUAUGUUGCUCUGUUGAUGGUGAAUUACGUGGCUAUGUUCCUUCUGUGUCCAAUGAAAAAUCUCUUGGAAGUGAUUCUUUAUUGCAAGAGCUUAGUCAAAGGAAAUCUAAUUUAUUGUUAGAAUUAAAGAACUUUGAAAUAACCCAACACAUUGGUGAAUCAGUUGAGCCUGAUAUUGAAAUAAGCAAAGUUAACACAGCAGUUGGUGUUAUACCAGUUUCCACUCAAAUCAAAACUGAUUUUUGUGCUAGAAUCGGAAAAGAAGAUGAACAGCCUCAUAUAGCAUUAAUUGUGGAAACAACAAAUAAUAUUCCCAUUCAGACAGUAACAGUUUUUUGUGAUGGUUUGUUUGAUGGUGAAAGCUUUGUCGUUCAUCCUUCAAGUGACAAGGCAACCACUAAAGUAGAAAUACCACUACUCCCUGACAAGGAUAUCACUUAUGACCUAGCCAUUAAAACAUUUGUAGGAAACCCAAACAGUUCUCAAUUUCAUGUUUUUGAAACAAGUAGAAGACUAGUAAAGUUUUGUCUCUAUGUUCCUUGCCCAGUUGAUACUAAGCCUCUUCCACUUGGUAAUGUGGUAUUCAACAUAAAUGAAAGAUUAGACAGGGUUAAAUCUUUUAUUGAAUCUCAAUUUUUGUAUGGGCUGGGUGAAAAUGCUGUGUUGUCGCCUAACUUGGAAGUUGCUUACAUGUCAUUAAGAACUAAUACUCCUGUUUUUAUUAAGGUUGAGCCAAGCAAAAAUAACAAGGUUACUGUCACUAGUGAUGACAUGGAUUUAGUUGGGGAUAUUGUGCAGUCUAUGGCUGAAAAUUUGGGUAUUGAGGAUUUGCAAUCUGUGGCCGAAUUUCCGAAACAUAUGUGUGACUUAAAGGAAAUAAUGAAUAAAAUUGAAGAAUUUCAUCAAGUUCGUGAAACCCUGUCUGCUGAAAUUGCUGAUCAUGCUAGCAUUAUACGUAACCUUAUAGUAAGAGCAGAGGAUGCCAGAAUAAUGAGUGAAUUGAAAAACAUGAAAAUGGCUUACAUGCAGCUGUAUGAUCUCAAUAGAGAAAUUAUACGUGGCUAUGAAAUUCGUCGUAGCAAUCACAUGGAACUUUUAGAUUGUCUCAAGAUAGUAAACCAAACUGUGCAAAAAGCAACAAGACUUAGAGUUGGGAAACCAAAGACAGUUUGCACAUCCAGUUGUCGUUCUGCUAUUAAAGAUAUGAACCAAGAUGCUCUUAUUAAAGCUAUUCUCUGUGGAACCACCUAGCAUCUGCAACCAAACUUAUUUUUUCAACACAACCUAGAGUAGAUUUACUCUUAUUGCAACCAAGGACUCACUUUAAAAUCCCUUAAUUAUCCUUUACUAAACUAUUAUUCUUCAAAAAUCACUUAAUAGAGUUUGAAACGACAUUUUAAUUAGUAGAUUAAUUAUGAUUAAAA